UUUGGCGGUGCAGCUAAUGUACGGUUGUGAUUCGUUCAAUAGCGGCAGGCAGCGAGACCAAUAUGUGCCUUUAAGUAGAGAUCAAAUGAGCGUAAACCGAUCACACUCUCUCCCUCUCUCUCGUCUCUCUGUGUUUCUUUUCUCCAUGCGAAGAUUGGCGAAGUUUAGGGUUUCUUCCAAUCAACGGCUAUUCGCGAGAUCCAGGUUUUGAAUUGGGUUCUUGUGAAGCAGGUUUCAAUUAGGGUUUUCAUUUUAGGGCUUUCUAAUUGGAUCGAAUUAUUUCGGGUCGAUGCAGAUUAUUGUUUAGCUUCGACUCGAUCUAGGGUUUAUUGUCAUAGGAGUCUAGGUUCAUUAUUGUAAGUAUCAUUCUUUUCGUUUAACUCUCUUUAAUUCAUCGUAGAGUUACUCAGUUUCUUACCGACAAAGCAAGGAAUUCUUUUUUUGAAUUGUUUAGAGACUACAUUGCUUGGAUACAAUGAAAAAGUGAAAAGUAACAAAAUUAGGUUUUAAUUAAAUUUAUAAUUCAUCAAUCAUGCAAUCAGUGAUAUAGUUAUCAAUGAAAUGGUUACGGGAACAUAAACAAAUGAUUGCAAACAAAGGGAAAUGUUAGUAGUGAAAAUUUAAACUGUGUAAAUCGAUGUAAAGCCCGAAACAUAUCUGUGGAUAAAGGAAUUACUGCUGCUGUUGUGCUAAAGAAUAGUUUUGACCUCACUUGUUAAGUUUUUAAAUAAUUUGAAGAAGUGGGUAUGGUGGAACCUGGAAUCAGAAAUUGGAGAGUGGCGUGAGUUUCUAUCUUUCCUAAUCUGUGUCAAUAUUCGAGAAAGGGAACUGAAUUUUGUGUCACAGUUGAUAUGUGCAGUUCUUUGAAGGCAGUAUUCAUAUGGCACCAACUGUUCCCAUAGAGUUUGCUGGGCAAAAGGAAUCAAAAAAGUGUUCGAUUUCACAAAUAAUGGGGAAAUCUAGAAAAUACUCUAAAGGGCAUUCUUCCGGUUUUGUUCCGGAUUACCGACAUGUUGUUGAGACCAUGGCUGAAUCUGGAGGGUUUGGGAGCUCAGGAAGAGUGGACACUGAGAUGAUGGCUUCUGAGGAUUCAUGUGCUCCAAAAAGAAGCUUGAAUGUGGAUGAUUAUGAUAGGCUAGGUGUACCUUUACAGGUAUUGACCUUGUCGAAGAUGUCACGGAGUGAAAGAAGGAAUUUGGAAUUUAGGUUGAAAAUGGAGCUUGAAGAGGUCCGGGUACUUCAGAAUAAAGUUGCUUCUCUUACUUCCAAUGUUGUACUCUCACCAUCCAGUGAUAUUCGCAGCUUUAGUGAUGGGCAAAAGAAGCCUUCAUUAGAGAGUUUUCAGAGACCAUCUGAAGCAUCGGCUCCAAAGGGUAAGAAACGUGCUCCUACAGGGCGUAACGGUCCCCAAAUAAAAAGGAGUACUUCUAGGCGGUUUGACUCAGUAAAGCUGGCUGCACCUGUGAAUACAUCGAAUGCGGUGUUGAUGAAGCAGUGUGAGCCAUUACUUAACCGGUUGAUGUCACAUCAGUUUGGUUGGGCUUUUAACACUCCAGUUGAUGUAGUGAAGCUGAACAUUCCAGAUUAUUUUACUGUCAUCAAGCAUCCAAUGGAUUUGGGCACAGUGAAGAGCAAGUUAGUUUCAGGACAGUAUUCGAGUCCAUUGGUGUUUGCUGCUGAUGUGCGCCUUACUUUCUCAAAUGCAAUGACCUACAACCCACCUGGAAAUGAUUUUCAUAUCAUGGCUGGGACUCUUAGUAAAUAUUUUGAAGUGAGAUGGAAAGCUAUAGAGAAGAAGCUUCCGAUGACUACCGAUGCGCCAUCAGUGCCUUCAAGAGCAGGCAUUAUUGCAGAAACUGAAACUGCAAUGGGAAUGCAACAUGCAAAGAGGAAAACAGCUCCCCCCAGUGAUAAGCCCAAGCAGGAGCCUGUUAGACGGGUCAUGACUACUGAGGAGAAGAGUAUUUUGAGCACGGAAUUGGAAGCUUCUCUUGAUCAUUUGCCGGAAAACAUUAUUGACUUCUUAAAAGAGCAGAGUUGCGGUGCAGGCCAGAUUGCUGAGGAUGAGCUGGAGAUUGAUAUUGAUACUCUCCCUGAUGAUACCUUAUUUGAAUUACGGAAGAUGUUAGAUGAUUAUUUGCUGGAUAAACAGAAAAAUCAGGCAAAAGCUGAACCUUGUGAAAUGAAGAUUCUGAAUGAAUCUGGGUUUAGCAAUUCAUCAAUGCAACUAGGUAAAGGGAAUGGCAUGGUUGAUGAGGAUGUAGAUAUUGUUGGUGGAAAUGAUCCUCCUAUUGCAAACAUACCUGCAGUAGAGAUUGAAAAGGAUGCUGCGCAGAAAAACAGUAGUUCUAGUAGUUCCAGUAGUGAAUCAGGCUCCUCAUCCAGUGAUUCAGAUUCAGGUAUUUCAUCUGGCAGUGAAUCAGAUGCUGCUAAAGCUUCAAUUUCUGCUGAUACUAUUGAGGGAAACUUGGGUUCUGGAGCAAAUUUAGACGAGAAGAUAAGUGAAGUUGGUGUAUCAGACAUUGGAAAUUCAUCAGUAAAUUUGGAUCCACUUGAGCUGAAUUGUCAGGGUAAGCCUAUUGCUAUUGAGGUGGAUGGCCAUCAUGAGGAGGAGAGUGCUCCAUCUGAGAGGCAAGUCUCCCCCGAAAAGCUAUAUCGUGCAGCUUUAUUGAGGAACCGAUUUGCUGACACAAUUCUUAAAGCUCGGGAAAAAGCACUGGAAAAGGUUGAAAAGUGCGACCCUGAGAAACUAAGGAUUGAGAGAGAGGAACUAGAAAGGCGGCAAAGAGAAGAAAAAGCCCGAUUGCAAGCAGAGGCCAAGGCUGCUGAAGAGGCUCAAAGAAAAGCUGAAGCUGAAGCUGCAGCUGAAGCAAAAAGAAAGAGGGAACUCGAGAGAGAAGCUGCACGCCAGGCAUUGCAACAGAUGGAAAAGACCGUUGAUAUCAAUGAAAACAGUCAAUUCAUGGAAGAUUUGGAAAUGCUUAGAACGGCACAAGAUGAACAUGUACCAAGUUUUGUAGAGGAGACAAGCCCAGAACAAUUUCAAAAUGUGUUGGGUAGUCUUAAAUUCCAGGGAAGUAGCAACCCCUUGGAACAGCUAGGAUUAUACAUGAAGAUGGAUGAUGAUGAAGAGGAGGAAGUGGAACCACCCGAAAGUGUUGUAGAUCCUGUCAAAGAUGUAGAGGAAGGGGAAAUAGAUUGAUAUGAUUUUUUUUUUUAUCUUCUUCAUAGUUUUGGUGUUAGUUGAAGAGCAAGAGCAGAAUAUGAUCCUGAAUUACUAGAAAGCACAUAUAUAUUUGUUGUUUCCAAUGUGCUUAAGUAAUGUGGGUUGCAAUAUUCUCAAGUUUCUUUGACAAUGAAUGAAGUUGGAGUAGCAGGAGUGCAUGACAAUGGUUUUUGAAGUUGGAUGUGGGGAUAAAAAUUGGACAUAGUCGUAUGGAAGAGGAUGGGGGGUGUUUGGAUUGUUAAUUUUCAUUGUAAAAAGGAAAAUUAUGUUUGUAUUAUUACAUUGCAUUAGAGUUGAGGAUAGGGGAGUUUUGGUUGAGGUUGGGCUUCUUUUUUUUUUCUUCUUUUGUUCCUUUGCUAAUUGUAAUUGUGAAAUAGUGGAGAGUAGAGACAAAGGGAAAUGACAUUCCUUAGGAGUUGAAUUAUA